GGGAGCGGCGCGGGGCCGGCGGCAGGAUGUCGUGCGUGCACUACAAGUUCUCCUCCAAGCUCAACUAUGACACCGUCACCUUCGACGGCCUCCACAUCUCGCUCUGCGACCUCAAGCGCCAGAUCAUGGGCCGCGAGAAGCUCAAGGCCGCCGACUGCGACCUCCAGAUCACCAACGCCCAGACCAAAGAAGAAUAUACGGAUGAUAAUGCACUGAUUCCCAAGAACUCAUCUGUUAUUGUCAGAAGAAUUCCUAUUGGUGGAGUGAAAUGUGCAAGCAAAACUUACGUCAUAAGUCGAACUGAUCCUGUGAGUGGAACUUCAAAAGCAGUAUGUAAAAACACAAUCUCACACUUUUUUCCUCUACACAUUCUACUUAAUUUUAAAGCAAUAACAAAGCAAUAAACUACUUUUCUAAACAUUAAUUCACAUUGAUUUCUUGCAGAAAUCCACUUAUUUUGUGAAAUACAAUGUAUUUUGUGCCAGUCUAGUGAAAUCAGCAAUGCAGAUAACUUUAAUGUGAAUAUUGACACUUGUGCCAAGUGACACAACUGUAUUGCGUAUUGAAUGCUAGAUUAUUUCCUGUAUGACUCUGUGUUGUACAGAUAAUGUAUGAUCGUUUACAGAUCAUGUAAGUUUUGAGGUUUGCGCUGCUGACCGCGAUACCUUGUUCUACAUCUGUGUGUCUCUAGUUAGUAGCUGUAUGUUUGUAUAGGUUGUUGUGUGCUUUUUGUUUUCUUGAAAUAAAAAAAUCAUUUGGAGUGUUAUCUUUUUUUGCCACUAUCGCAAUGUACCACAUAGCCUUUGUUCUUAGCACUUCCCUGAAUGGUUUUUGAAAACGUUAUCAAAAGCCACCUUAUUGCUAAAGUUAAGCAUUUUUAUAUUGACAUUUGGUUCAGAUGUAUAUGAAAACGUCCAUGGCAUUUAAAACAAGGCCUGUAAACUGGAAUGAAUAAAUUAUUUCCAUGAGUCUGUCCUCUAGAACAAGAACUUCUAUUCCUGUGUUUGCUUCCAUUUUUCUGUCAGCAAACACAUAGUUUAAGCUGUAGUCACCGUGACCAGCAUACAACACAACCAAAAUGCAUUUCCCAGCCAUUUGUCCUACCUGUACUUGAGAAACAACAAAUCCAGUUGAGAAUAACUCCCCUUCUCUCCCCCCUCUGCUUCUUCCCACUGGGCCCAAUUCCUUCAUUUUAUUUGGUCACUGAAUAGCUUCUUGAGCACAGUACUUUUAGCAAAUCCUCCUAUUAUACACCAUUGCUUGUGUACAGUUGAACAGGUAGAGUGCUGUUUUUCAUUCCGGGUUGCUUGUUUUCAGUUUGUAAUAACUUAUUUGAACUAUAUCUUCACUUUAUGCUUGGAAUGAUUAUUGUCUGUUAAAAUACUGCAAACUAGCCCGUAGUCAUAUUUAGAAGUGCAACUUGCUGAGUCUUGUUUGCUUAUUAAGUGUGGCUCGUUUACUCAUUUCCAUGAAUGGAACAAGUAGUGUCCUGGUGUUAAAAUCACUGGGUGGCCUUUGUGACCAGUGACAUUGUCAUUAAGGUGAAAAUGUGUGCCCUUUAUUGUGGCCUUAAGAAAUGCUGAAAUGAUAGAUUUCCUUAGGUAUAUGUGUCUCUCAAGACUGAUUACAGUAACCCCGUUAACUCACUAGUUAAUGUAAUGCAAUUGUGUAAGCAACACUUUGAUCUGAUUUUUUUUUUAAUCUUAUGAGUAAAUCUCUUUGAUAGCAUGUGUAUAAACACAAACUCAGUGUUCAUAAAUAAAGUUUAACAUUAAUUUAGAA